AUGGCGGCCUCCCAGCUUGCAGCACUGGAAGGAGUGGAGCCAGGGCCGGGGGGGCUGCCUCUGACGGAGACCAGCCCUGGCUUCCUGUAUUCCGAGGGACAGCGGCUGGCGCUGGAGGCUCUUCUGAGUAAGGGCGCAGAGGCGUUCAAGGCCUGUGUGCAGAGCGAGGGGCUGCGGCCCUUCCUGGGCUGGGAGGAGCUCCAGGGCCUGGCAGCAGCGGCUGAGAACUGGACAGCAGUCAAGCAGGAGACCAGCGGAGCAGAGGGAGCCACCGUCACCAAUGGGGACUCAAACAGCCUGACCUACUGGCCUGGACAGUCGGAGGAGCCGGUGCCCGUGUUGCGGCUGGGCUGGCCGGAGGACUCCGGCUGGAAGGGUAUCACCCGGGCGCAGCUGUACACCCAGCCACCUGGCGAGGGCCACCCACCCCUCAAGGAGCUGGUGCGCCAGGAAAUCCAGGCCGCCUGCAAGCUGGUGGCCAUCGUCAUGGACAUAUUCACUGACCCAGACCUGCUUUCGGACUUGGUGGAUGCUGCCACACGUCGCUGGGUGCCCGUCUACCUGCUCCUGGACCGCCAGCAGCUGCCUGCCUUCCUGACGCUGGCCCAGCAGCUGGGGGUGAACCCCUGGGCCACUGAGAACCUGGACAUCCGUCUCGUGCGGGGAUGCAGCUUCCAGAGCCGCUGGCGACAGCAGGUGACUGGUGCGGUGAAGGAGAAGUUUGUGUUGCUGGACGGCGAGAGGGUCAUCUCAGGAUCCUACAGCUUCACGUGGAGUGACUCCCGCCUGCACCGCGGCCUGGUGACCCUGCUGACCGGUGAGAUCGCCGAUGCCUUCAGCCGCGAGUUCCGGACACUGUACGCGGCCUCCUGGCCGCUCCCACCUGCGCCCACCCCGGGCCCCUUCGUCAGCACCCUGGGGGGGCUGCAGCUGGCCCGCAGCCCUCACAGUGUGGCCCGCCGCCACUCCGUGGCCCCCACGUCACCGCCACUGCCUGAUGUGUCACCGCUGGCCCAACGCCUGGCCGCCUGCCGAGUCUUUGACAGAGACCAGCAGGAGACCCAGGCUGUCCCGGGGCCUGCGCUUAGCGACAUCCUGAGGAGCAUCCAGCACUCCCGGACCCCCAGUGGCCCUCCAGCCCGGCCCAGCCGAUCCCUGUGGGACCUGAGCCGCCUGUCCCAACUGUCUGACUCCAGUGACCAUGACAUCGAGCUCAAGAAGUCCUGGGGCUCCAAGGACACCCCAGCCAGGGCCCUGAUGAGGCAGCGGGGCACUGGAGGGCCCCCCAGGGGUGAGGCGGACUCCCAUCCCCUGGCCGGGUCCCAGCCCUGGAGUGGCCCCCUGGCCCUCAUCCCUUCCCGCCGCCUCCGCUAUCUGUCCCCAACCCGAAGGAGGUUUGGUGACAAUGCUGCACCCAGAUCCCCGGAACCCAGAGGUGGCCGGCAGCCAGACUGGGCCACCCGGGCAGGACUCAGGGGGCGACCCUGA